AUGUCGUAUUUCACGCUACGCCCUAAACAAGUUAGUUUCGAUGAAAUAUGGGAACGGCUUCAAACUACGUUGGAAAAAAUAUUACGUCUUGAACGGUUAGAACGUCGCACAUGGGAUGAUAAUUUUUAUGAUAUAUAUUCGCUGUGCGUAGCUGUACCCGAAUCUCUAAGUGCGGAGCUUUAUGAAAAAACCAGAGAAUUUUUGAAAGAGCAUGUUCAUGGAUUGUAUGAGUAUAUAUCGGGCGUUGCAGAUGAAAAUUUAUUAAGCGAAUAUAAUGCGCUAUGGAAAGUCUACCAUCAAGGCACAACAUAUAUACACAAGCUUUUUAUCUACCUUAACAAACAGUUUGUCAAGAGCAAGCAUGCGGAAUGUGAGGGGCCUUAUGGUGGCUACAAUCAGUAUCUCUCUCAUUGCGAGGUUAAGGAAAUUGGUCCAUUAGCAUUGCUAAUUUGGCAAGAAAAGUUAAUUCGACCUAUUGAGGAUCGUUUGGUUAUCCAGUUGUUGAAAGCUAUUGCAGCUGAUCGGAAGGGACAUGUGAUAUUUAAGGUUGAAGUCGUGCGCAGUGUCAUAAUGUCGUUUAUUCAGGUGGACGAUGUCGGUCUCCUUAGAGAUUCGUCUGAUAAACUGUUGCACGGUAAAGAGGUUAACUACGAAACGUACAAAAAUAUUUUUGAGAAGAAGUUUUUGUUUGCUACGAUAGAACACUACACUCUUUUGGCCAAUUCUUUCAUUAACGAGCUCAGUUGUUCAGAAUACAUGGAAAGAGUUAUUGCGUGUAUUGAAAAUGAGAAUGAGAGGUCGCGACGUUAUUUACAUAAAAGUAGCUAUGAUGUUGUUACAAGACUGUGUCAAGACGUAAUGGUCAGCAACCAUAAAGAGAAGCUACAUGCUGUGUGCCAUGAACUAAUUCAAAAUGAGGAGAAGCAUGAUCUUCACAAUAUGUAUGUUUUGUUGAAACCUGUACAAGGAUUAAAUAUUAUGAUUCGCGAAUUUGAAGCGUUUGUCAAAAAGACAGGGCUUGAUGCAGUACGAAACCUACAGGGUGACAACAUACCACAACAAUUUGUUGAUAGUGCUUUACAAGCUGUCGUGAACUAUCGCGAAGAACAGAAACAGUCACCAAAAGCCUCUGAAAGGUUGGCUCGUUAUACAGAUAAUUUGCUGCGAAAAUCAGCAAAAGGAUUAAGUGAAGCGGAGGUGGAUGCAAGAUUGUCGCAAGCGAUAAUUAUUUUCCGAUACAUUGAUGAAAAAGACGUUUUUCAAAAGCAGGCUUGUGGCUUUGAAUUUACUAGCAAAUUGUCCCGGAUGUUUACGGACAUAGGUCUCACUCAGGAUCUCACCGAGAAAUUCAUUAAGGAGAAGCCCUCACUAAAAGAGCAAAUGCAAGCGUUGGUAUUACAAGCUGGGGCAUGGCCGUUGACACCUAAUCAGGCACAAGAAAAUUGUGACAAAGAUCAGUAUAAAAACACAUUUAAAAUUCCUGAUAUGCUGUACUCUUCCAUACAACAGUUUGAGGAAUAUUACCACAAUUCACAUAAUGGUCGGAAACUCACAUGGCUUUUCAAUCUUUCCACAGUUGAACUGAAACUGCUAUAUCUUGAUAAAAUUUAUAUUGUCACAAUGACUGUACACCAGCUAGGUAUUUUGUCGACUUUUUCGGAUGAAGAUGUCGUUAUGGUCAGCAAAAUCGGGGAUUUUUGUGGUCUUAGUGGUGAUUUGCUGUAUAAAAAUAUAAGAACACUUGUGGAUGCCGGUAUUUUAUUUGUGGUUGAUAAGGAGUCAAUUCAGGACGAUACCGAAGUUUCAUUGAAUUUAAGCUUGUCGUCAAAGAAAAUUCGAAUAAAAGUUCUUCCUCCUCAAAUACAACGACAGGCUGAAAAGGAGAUAGAGCACGUAAAUAAUACUGUAAUGCAGGACAGGAAGUAUCACAUGGAAUGUACAAUAGUGCGGAUUAUGAAAACCCGAAAGGUUAUGAAACAUGCUGCGCUGGUGAAUGAAGUGAUCGAACAAACCAAGGACCGUUUUACCCCAGACAUUAACUUUAUUAAAAAGAAUAUUGAGGGGUUGAUCGAAAAACUUUAUCUUCAGAGGACUGACCAAGCUGAUGAGUAUCAGUACCUAGCUUAA